AUGACUCCGCGCGGAGACGUGGCGCCGUACGUCUGGAGAACUUUUGCGUGUGAAGCUUGCAAGGAUAUCACUGAGAUGGUUGCUUUUUUGGCCCUACCUGCGAUGGCAGUUCCUACAUUAACCGUCACAGGUUUGGCUGCAGGUGGCGCGGUCGUAGCUGUCGUGGCAGCACCCUUCGCACUUGCGGGUCUGGGCUUCACCGCAGGCGGUGUCACAGCUGGCUCGGCAGCUGCUGCCGCGCAGUCCGCGCUUUACGGAGGCGCCACUACCGGUGCCUUCUCUGCACUCCAAAGCGCCGGCGUCCUCGGACUCGGCACCGUGGGUACGUCUGUCGCCGCUGGCACCGGGGCAGUUUUGAGUAUGCUGCACGAAUCGAACCCAACCGAACCGGGUCCAUCACACACCCCCACACACGCUGUUCCUGCAGGCGGCCUGGCGGGAGUCGCGGCGGGGCUCGCUGCUUUGUAA